AUGUUUUCUUUCUUUCUUUUUUCUGUCAUUAUUUCUUUUCGUUUCUUUCUUUUUUUUAUUUUUCUUUGUUUCUUUUUUUUUUCUUAUGUCCGUUCUUUUUCUUUCUUUUCUUUCUUUUUUUUCUUUCUUUCUUUCUUUCUUUCUUUCUUUCUUUUUUUCAUCUUUUUUCUUUCUCUCUUUUCCGUCCUUUUUUUCUUUCUUUCCGUUUUUUCUUCUUUCUUUUCUUUCUUUCUUUCUUUUUCUUUCUUUCUUUCUUUUCCAGACAUCUUUUUUUUCUCAUAUCCGUUCUUUCUUUUUUUUUUCUUUCUUUCUUUCUUUCUUUCUUUCUUUCUUUCUUUCUUUCUUUCUUUCUUUCUUUCUUUCUUUCUUUUCAAGCCAUCUUUUUUCUUUCUCAUAUCCUUUCUUUCUUUCUUUCUUUCUUUCUUUCUUUCUUUCUUUCUUUCUUUUCCAGACAUCUUUUUUCUUUCUCAUAUCCGUUCUUUCUUUUUUCUUUCUUUCUUUCUUUCUUUCUUUCUUUCUUUCUUUCUUUCUUUUCCAGCCAUCAUUUUUCUUUCUCAUAUCCGUCCUUUCUUUCUUUCUUUCUUUCUUUCUUUCUUUCUUUCUUUCUUUCUUUCUUUCUUUUCCAGCCAUCUUUUUUCUUUCUCAUAUCCGUUCUUUCUUUUUUCUUUCUUUCUUUCUUUCUUUUCCAGCCAUCUUUUUUCUUUCUCAUAUCCUUUCUUUCUUUCUUUCUUUCUUUCUUUUUUCUUUCUUUCUUUCUUUCUUUCUUUCUUUCUUUUCCAUCCACUAGAUUCUACUUUAACUUAUACUCGAUAUAAAAUAUCUAUCUAUCUAUCUAUCUAUCUAUCUAUCUAUCUAUCUAUCUAUCUAUCUAUCUAUUUGUAA